AUGACUGGCAAAGACACCUUCCCCACUGCUCAGACGGGCAAGAUUGACGCCGACUCCAAGCCUCAAGAUGCCUCGGAGGCUUCCCAGCCGCAAGGAGCAAAGGCAUUCGCAGCUGCCUCACAGGCCCACCCUGGCCCAGCUAUCCCUCAAUCGCUGCCUGAGCAGGAGGGCACUAAGGAGGAGCGUCAGGCCAAAGCUAAGGAGUUGAACAAGUAG